CAAUAACUCAGCACUUCUCACAUAUCACUCAUUAUCUCAUCAAACAAUCAAUUGAUUUGCAUUUGCCAUGAAUUGUAGGCCAUGUAUGACAUUGUGGUCGAUAUGGCUGUUGUCGAUGAUAGCGGUGUCACAAUCAGCGCUGUGUCCCGACCAACACACACAAUGCGGCGAUGAUAUGACAUGUUGUAAAUGGUCUUCAGGCAACUAUGGCUGCUGUCCACUGGCCUCAGCUCAGUGUUGCGCCGAUGGUCUGCAUUGUUGUCCAAAUGGGACCAAAUGUAACGACAAAGAGGGCACUUGUGAUGCACUUACAGAGCAAACCAAACGAAUCGCUCUGAAUCUGUUGCCACAAAUUAACUCCGAGUCUGCGGGCAUCUGUCCCGAUAGGAAUCAGACCUGUCUCUCAGACCAGACCUGUUGUAAGGAGAAGGGCGGCGGUUAUGGCUGCUGUCCAUACGAUUCAGGCGUGUGUUGCAGUGAUUUACUCCACUGCUGUCCUCACGGGACGCGAUGUGAUCUGAUCCACAAGGAGUGCGUUCGUCAGACGAAUAGACUCAUCGAUUCCAACGACUCGACAAAUACACCGAAAGAGAGAAUGCGUUUAAUUGGUUUCGAAGCCAUGAAUGUAACGAGAGUUGUCUGUCCGGGCGGUCGGUAUGUGUGUCCCGAUAACAACACUUGUUGUCACACAAGUGCCUCGAAGUGGGGCUGUUGUCCACUAUUGGACGCCGUGUGCUGUAAGGAUGGCGUCCAUUGCUGUCCGUCGGGCACUAAAUGCACGUCAAGUGGUUGUCAGUCAUUAUGAAGUGCGAGUAAAUGAGACAUUGAUAAUAAUCUCGAUAAAAAUAUUUA